AUUAGUCAUUGUUCUUUUUCUCUAAAAUCUUGCACUCUCCCAUCUCCAAUUGAAAAUAAUUCUAGGUGUAAUAUCUUAUCAGGGUGAUUUAGAUGAAAUUUGCUGCCAGUUUAAAAAAAGAAAAUAAGGCCUCUCCAUGGAGGUCAUGUGCCUUAUCUUUUUGGUGUUUUAUCAUGCAUGCUCAUCCCUAUGCAGUGUAAAUGAAAGCCAUAUUUGAUAAUUUAUUGAAACUGUGCUCAACACAUACAAUAUCAUUGGGUAGCAAUUAAAAUGGUUCCAUUAACAGUCACUACUUGUUUCAGGUUUUGUUUUUUUACAGAUGAAGUUCUGUGUUCAAAGCUUUGAUCAUGUUCAGUCUAAACGCAUGCAUUGCAGAGAAAAUGGUUGAUAUGGGUGUUUAGUUUUAUUUGCAUUUCCCCACACACGCAUGCUGGUUUACUCGCAAACACACAAUCUUUGUUGCACAGGAUAUACAAGCGUGCUGAUGGACGAAAAAGCAAGGUUUGCACAUUGUGGUUUUCGUUUGGUACCAUAGCCCCAGCAGCAUAUAAACAGAGCAGAAAGUGCACGUGAACAUGUUGUAUUUAUGCAUGAAAGUGUUUUUGAUGCUGUCAGUAUGACUUCGAAUGAAUACCGCACCUCACAACCUUUUAAAGUGCUUGCAGACUAUUCACACAGAACGUGUUUGAGUUCCACUGGACGCAUUAGAUUAGCACAUGUGCCAUUUGUGCUCAUGCUCAUUCUGCAUGACUAAAAAUGUACCAAAUUUAAGUUCAAAUGUUUAAACUUAAACAUUCACAGUGAACAGCUAGUCGCCUAGAACGUGUUUUUGCAUUCUACUGCCCUGCUUUCUAAAAAUGGCAAGCGACGAUGGUGAAAGUGUUGGCAACUGCCCGUUUUGUCAGCGGCUCUUCAUGAUCCUCUGGCUGAAGGGGGUCAACUUCACCCUCACCACCGUGGACAUGAAGAGGGCUCCAGAGGUACUAAAGGAUUUGGCUCCAGGUUCUCAGCCCCCUUUCCUCAUCUAUAAUGGAGAGGUCCGUACUGACACCAACAAAAUUGAAGAGUAUCUGGAAGAGACCCUUGCUCCCCCACAGUAUCCCAAGUUAUGCUGCCGCUAUAAGGAGUCUAACAUGGCAGGAGAUGACAUCUUUCACAAAUUCUCAGCAUACAUCAAAAAUCCCAAUCCUGGGCUCAAUGACAUGCUGGAGAAGAAAUUUCUAAAGAGUUUGAUGAAGCUGGAUCAGUACCUGUUGACUCCUCUUCCUCAUGAACUGGACCAGAAUCCAGAUUCAUUGCAAUCCACAAGACAUUACCUGGACGGAAAUGCGCUUUCCCUUGCUGACUGCAACCUGCUUCCCAAACUGCACAUUGUCAAGGUGGUUUGCAAGAAGUACCGUGGUUUUGAGAUCCCUAAAGAGCUAAAAGGCCUCACAAAGUAUUUGGACAAAGCAUACAAGGAGGAUGUGUUCCACCUUACCUGCCCCAAAGACAAGGAGAUUCUGCUUGCCUACCAUUCAGUGGCCAAAUAUCUCAACAAGUAAAACUGGACUUCAAAGGAGGAGGACAAAGAUUGCGUGGAAUUUAUUGUAAAGUUGUUGUUUUUUUUGUCUGCGUACCCCACAACUGCCUUAUUAUAGAUGUUUUCUUAAUGGGAAUUUUGUUAAACAGAGUAUGCUAUGGGUGGAGGUUGUUUUCAUUCGUCAUUUAAAAACCACGAUUGUGAAUACCACAUGCCUGCCUUGUUUGUUCCUGCCAUUUUUAGUAUUUAAAUGUGUGUCACUUUUGUCUGUGGUUUUGAUGGAUUACUUUUGUUUGAUAGCCGCUCAUUUAGAAACGUCUGUGAAUGGUGUUUGUAACGGCCGUGUGAAAUGAGACGUGCAAUUGGUCUGAAAUUCUACCCCAUGAGAAAAAAGAAGACACAGCACUAGACCAGGCGAUGUUCAUCUUAUAAUGAUGUUAUUGAUGUCAAAGGAUGUAAAAAGUCCAGAAUGUGUAAAACUGCCUGCAAACAAAUAAAAUUAAGAAAGUAUGGUA